AUGUCUUUACAAUCCAUGUUAGGGGGUUUAACACAACGUAUUAGAAAUACUGCAGUAUUUCCUACUAUUCGUCCUUCUACAACACUAUGGAUGCGUACAAUGGCCACUCAAUCUAAUAAUAGCAACAAUACUACAACACAAACCAGUCUACCUGGAAUUUUAGCCUCCAAUCUUCACGAACCCAAAGAAUUAUCGGUGUCUUUAGAUCCCUAUGCUGGUCGGUCCAUUGGUAAUGUAUCCAAUGUCAAUGCAGCUUAUCGUCGUCUCAAUACUAUUUUGGCUCAAAACAACGUUCGAAGAGAAAUCCGGGCCAACUUGAACUAUGAAAAACCCAAUGUCGCCAGGCGAAGAAAGAAUAUUGAACGCAAUCGCAAGUUGUUUGGUGCCAUGGUUCGCAAGAAGGUUGCUUUGAUUAUGCAAAUGAAACAACGUGGCAUGUAA